ACAUGGUUUUGUUUUGUCAUUUACUAGUUUUCCAGCACAUAUCGCAAAAUAUUUAUUUAUCAUAAAUUACUGAUAACGUUUACUUAUUUAUAACAACUAAACGAAGUUGUUAAAAACUCAUUACAUUUAACGCCUCGAACUCUAUGAUACGCGCAAUGUCGGAUGUGAAUGUCAAAGCGGGCAUAGAAUGCAUUUUAAAGCGCAUCGAUGCGGCCCUUGCACGCCGGCCACCGCAUAUUAAAGCACCAAAACCACAGCUUGUGGCGGUUAGUAAAACAAAGCCGGUAGAAAUGAUUAUCGAAGCCUAUGAAGCUGGCCAACGGCAUUUCGGUGAAAACUACGUGCAGGAGCUGGUGGAAAAAGCGCAACACCCUGAAAUUCUGAAACAUUGUCAGGAUAUUAAAUGGCAUUUUAUUGGUCAUCUACAAAAUAAUAAAAUCAAUAAGGUGCUGAAGCUGCCCAAUUUAUAUAUGAUUCAAACCGUUGACAACGAAAGAUUAGCUAACGGACUAAACACCGCUUGGGAAAAAUUCCAAGGUGACAAUAAACAGCCACUUUCAGUUUUAAUACAAAUCAACACUAGUGGCGAAGAAGCCAAGAAUGGCGUGCCACCAAGCGAAGCGCCAGCACUGUACAAACAUAUAAAAGAAAAUCUAAAGCACCUGCAAUUAGAAGGAGUUAUGACAAUUGGCGCAUUUGGCUUUGAUUAUUCAACCGGACCGAAUCCCGACUUCGUGUCACUCAUAAAUGUGCACAAACAAAUCUGUGAAGAGAAUAAUCUGGACCCAGAGGCUGUGCAAGUGUCCAUGGGCAUGUCUGAUGACUUUGAACAUGCGAUUGAGGCGGGCAGCACUAUUGUGCGUGUUGGAAGCGCAAUUUUUGGUUUUCGUGCGAAAAAGAGUGCUUAAUGCGCUAAUGAAGUAGUUUUUCGUACUAAAGAAUACGAUGCUUGCUUGUUUAACGUUCUAAACUUCCAUAAAUAUAUACUAAAAUAAGUAGUGGACUUUUUAGUUGCUUUUUGAGCGUUGUAAAUUUAUAUUAUGUUGUUAUAAUACGCUAUGAAAAGUGUACAAAAGCUUUAAGCGUUAAGAAUAUAUAUGUAUGUUUACAUAAAUAUUAUUGUUUCACAAUCAAAAGCACACUGUAAGGUUCAGAUAAUGUGGUUAUUGUCUAGAUUUAAAAAUAAUAAUCUUUUGAGAUAUAAAAUAAACAAAAAUCAUAAAUUUACAAUUAGUCUUAGUCUCUGUGCAUAUUUUUCAGCCAUACAAUGGAAAGUUGUUCCCUAACUCUUAGUAUGUUAUGCCAAACUAACAGGAAGAUUUCAAAACUGUGAUUAACAAAUUGUAGAAGAAGCUAGACCUAAAAUUAAACAAUAAUUUGAGCGUUCAAUUAACAUAAGAUUUGUAUUAAAAUUAUAUGUUUAAUUUAAAUAUA